AUGUGCCGAAAAUGAAAUAAAAAGUAGUCUUGUUUGUGUGUCCGCGUUGUUUCACUUUUCUGGAGAGAUUUAUUCUGUCUGUCACGGUCAUCUCCUCUUUCUCCCUCACAACAUCCAAUUCCAUUUCGCUGCGAUUGCUGCAUCUGUUCAAUCUUCCUUUUUUACUUUACCAAAUUCAAAACCAUCUCUUCGAUCCCUUUUCCAAUUUGGAUCGAGGAACAAUGAGAUAAUAUAUUGGAUUAUGCAUUUUCCCCAAAUAAUAGGAAAAGAAUAAUAGAUAAAACAAAAUAUUAGCGGUGUUGAUCGAUUUGCAAAUCUCAGAGUAAAACCUUGUGCUGCGAUUUUUAUUUAUUUUUAUAUAUAUCAGAUGGCGUUUCAGGAAAAGCAAAACAGGUUUAAGAGGCAGCCAGAGAAGAGUGCCUCUGCUUCACAAUAUGGAAGAACUCCAGCUCCCAUCAAAUUCUCUAACGAUACUGAAAGACUUCAGCAUGUUAAUAGCAUACGCAAAGCCCCUGUUGGGGCUCAGAUGAAGCGUGUUAUUGAUCUCCUAUUUGAGACCCGAAAGGCUUUAACGAUAGAGCAAAUAAAUGAAGCAUGUUACGUGGACAUGAGAGCUAAUAAAGAUGUUUUUGAGAGUAUGAGGAAAAACCCAAAAGUAAAAUAUGAUGGGGAAAGAUUCUCUUACAAGUCGAAGCAUGACGUUAGGGACAAAAAUCAGCUGCUUUUCCUGGUACGUAAGUUUCCAGAGGGCAUUGCUGUUGUUGACCUAAAAGAUUCUUACCCAACUGUGAUGGAAGACUUGCAGGCUUUGAAAGCUGCAAGGGAGAUUUGGCUGUUAUCCAACUUUGACUCACAGGAGGACAUUGCCUACCCAAAUGAUCCUAAAGUUCCCAUUAAGGUGGAUGAUGACCUAAAACAGCUUUUUCGGGGGAUUGAAUUGCCUCGUGAUAUGAUUGACAUAGAGAGGGAUCUACAAAAAAAUGGAAUGAAACCUGCUACCAACACUGCAAAGAGGAGGAGUGCAGCGCAAAUGGAAGGCAUUUCAUCCAAGCCUAAACCUAAGAAGAAGAAGAAUGAAAUCACUAAGAGGACCAAGCUGACUAAUGCCCAUCUUCCGGAGCUUUUUCAGAACUUAAAGUAAACAAUUCCUGACUUAAGGAACUCGUGGCAAUUGGUGAAUGAAUUCACAUAGCUCAUUUGUUGACAUAAAGCAUGUGGUUAGAAAGUCUUCAUCGUUCAGAUGGAUAUGGCCUUUUUAUUGUAUUAGCAUACUGCUUCUGGUUUUGGAUGGGUACCCAAUUGGAUGGUAACGGUGGCCAUUGCAAAUUCAGGUCAUUCGUUAUAUCUAGGCUUCUACACGAUUCUAAAGCAAAAUGGGAAGGAUGGCCCGAGUCCAUCUUCAGAUGGUUUUUCUAAACUAAAGACUAAACAAAAAGGGCAGAUGGAGAACCAUGUCAAUGUUAGCAAACACACGAUCAAUUUGCUGAGUCAAAAAUAUUUAUGAGGUUCAUCAUUUGGGGUUUAUUGCUCAAAUAGAAUGUUAUGACCUAUUGCUACUUUUUAUAUACAUAUAAAGAGUCAAAUGCAUAUUGCAUCCCUGAAGUUUGACUCAUUUUCACCUUUUAGUACACAAAAAUGAUCUAUUAUGUAGCAAAAGUGAUACUUUACCAUUUUAUAAGAAAUUUUCGUUUUAAGCA